GCGCUAUGAUUGCCACCGCCGCCCGCGGCUGGGACGCGCCGUUGCAGUGAACAUGCCACCGUCCUAUCUCACUCUGUCGUCCGCGACUUCCUCCUCCUCCUCCUCCUCUUCCUCCUCGUCGCCGCAUGUCUGCCGCUUACUUUGCCCUCUAAGCUUGUCCUGACGAGCUACUGCGAAACGCUAUGCAUACUACCGCACACCACGCGCACGGGCACGCACCGCCUCCAGGCCUCUUCAGUGCGACGCGACUAGCAAGCUUCACGACGUGUAUACUAGUCGCACUUGCGUCUGGUACCAACUAUGUCUUCUCUGCCUAUGCCCCUCAACUAGGCUCGCGACUCGGGUUGACCCACACACAGCUCAAUGUCAUAGGAUUAUCAGGCAAUAUUGGUGUGUAUGGCUCCGCACCCCUCUGGGGACGAAUAGUCGACACACGCGGCCCGCGAGGGCUCUUCAUCAUGGGUUUCUUCGCGCUCCUCGUCGGCUACCUUGGUAUUCGCCACUACUACGACCGAGGAUUGCCAGAUGGGUCGAGCACACUGAGCACGCUGAGUAUAUGCCUCCUCGCUGCGUUCAGCUUCCUCACUGGAAUCGGCGGGAAUGGCGGCUUGGCGGGCGCUAUGAAUUCGACCGCGAAGAGCUGGCCUGACCGGAUGCGCGGUUCGAUGAAUGGCGUCGUAAUCUCUGGCUUCGGUCUCUCCGCGUUCCUAUUCUCCACGAUUGCACACGUCGCGUUCCCGGGCAACACCUCCGACUUCCUGCUCAUCCUCGCCGUGGGCACGGCGCUCCCCAUGGUCCUCGGCUUCCUCGUCGUCCGGGCGAUCCCCCUUCCGCACGCCACUGCGGGCAUCGAAGAAGAGGCUUUCGAGCCCUCCUCUGCCCACGCGCACGCGCCCCGGCCGGCGCCGUCCGUGGCGAUCGCGUCGCCUGCGCUGUUCAGGGAUGAUACGAGCCGCACGCAUCUGCUCUCGUCGUACCACCACUACCACGACGAGACUGAAGACGGGGACGCCGCGGAGGAGGCCGACGAGCUGAUCCCGGGGUAUACCUCACACGGCGCGGUCGCGUCGGACUAUUUUGUGCCUGCGAACACGGAGAGCGUGGCACUGAGCCCGACGCGGAGCCAGGGGCGCUCGCGGAGCAGGAGCGCGUUCUCUGGGCGGAGGGGAAGCGCGAGGAGCUAUGCGACGCCGGUGGUGGGCUUAGAGCCGCCGAAUGUGCAUGGGAAGGGUUUAUUCCUGGAUAUCGACUUUUGGGUGAUGUUCAGCAUCACUGCGCUGCUGGCGGGUACUGGGCUGAUGUACAUCAACAACGUCGGCUCGAUAUCUCAGGCGCUAUUUGCGACGGGUAACCCUGACUAUGACGAGUCCAAAGCGGGGCAAUGGCAAGCGACGCAAGUGUCCAUCGUCAGCGUCACGAACUGCGCCGGCCGGUUCUUCGUCGGCAUGGUCGCAGACUUUGUACGCAACUACCUCCAGCGCCCCCGCUCGUUCUGCAUCACCGUCGUCGCAGCGAUCUUCAUCGUCUCGCAGGUGACGUGCUACUACGUCUCGACGGUCGAGAACCUGUGGAGGGCGAGCGCUCUCCUCGGGCUGGCGUACGGGUGCAUGUUCGGGUUGUUCCCGACGAUCUGCAUCGAGUGGUUCGGGCUGCCACACUUCUCGGAGAACUGGGGCUUCGUCUCGCUCGCGCCCAUGCUCGGCUCUAACAUCUUCUCCCUCGCCUUCGGGCGCAACCUCGACGCCCACGCACCGCACGCGCCAGAGUCGUCCUCCGCAGCCUCCUCUUCACCGAGCCCGCGAGGCAUCCUCGACCUCGCGCGCCGCGCAGGCCUGCCGGGCGCCACGCAGUGCUUGGAGGGCCGUGCGUGCUACAGGGAUAGUUUGAAGGUCACGAUUGCGGCGUGUUUUGUUGCGCUAGGGCUCGCGAUGUACUCUGGAUGGAGGGACCGGAGGAAGCAGGUGAGGGUCGCGUUGAGGGUGGAGGGCCCGGGGGCGGAGGUGGUUUGGGAGGAGGAAGAGGAAUAGGUGGAGGUAGCGGGUUCUUGGGAUGUGUGACAUAUGGCAUAGACUCAAGUGUGCCGGUGCGUAGGCCUCGAGGAGGGCAAAAGAUUGUGUUACCUGGAUUUGUAGAGGUCGUAGUAGACUUGUAUGUAUGCUGCUGUAGAUAUCUCGUUCAGGACUAUGUAUAGUAAGUAGCAUGGUGGUGAGGUUGGUUUCGCGACAAAAUGAGUGUCUUAGAAUGCACGAA